AUGACACGUCCCUCUGCUCCCACCCCAAGCUUCAAAAAAAAACAUGGUACACCUGGCCGGGGCGGCGGCAUCUGCCGCGGCUCUGACGGCAGCAGGGCGGUAGAAAGGGGGGCGGGGAGGUGUGGGGGGGCUGCGCGCAGCCUCCGCGGCGCAUCUCCUACCGGCAACGCUCACGGCUUAGCUGGGCCGGCCGCUCAGUCUAGCUCGCGCCGCGCACACGUGCACACGUGCCGCCGCGUCCACACCGCCAGUGCACCGAGCCUCCACGACGACGCCGCCACCGAGCACCCUCGAACCACAGCCCGGGAUGCGCUCCUGACGGCUCGCCCCGCCCCCGACCACCCUCAACAAUCGCCCCACACGCAAGUGAGUGCCCCCGCCGCCAAACGUCCCACCAGACGCUCUCAGCGCUACCCCACCAGCAAAGGUGCUGCCGGUGCCGAACUGGUAAUCACCGGAGUCAAGUGUGGAGUGAGGUUGAUGCAGGAG